CGUGACGAGGCGCGUCAGUGUCGCGGGCGGGGCCAGCCCUUCUUGACGGCCGGCGGGGCCUAGUCCGCAGCUGAGGCCUUCGCCGCCGCCGCCGCCGCCAUGGAGAUUCCUCCGCCGCUGCCGCCGCCGCCCGAAGACCAGGAACUGCGCAACGUCAUUGACAAGUUGGCACAGUUUGUGGCACGGAACGGCCCCGAGUUUGAGAAGAUGACGAUGGAGAAGCAGAAGGAGAACCCCAAGUUCUCGUUCCUCUUUGGGGGGGACUUCUACGGCUACUACAAGUACAAGCUGGCACUCGAGCAGCAGCAGCUGUUGUGCAAGCAGAGCCAGGAUAUCGAGGCUGCCCCACAGAUCCAGUCGUUGCCCCAGCCAUCCUUGCCACCUGCGGCCCCCCUUCCCACUCCUCAGGGGACCCUCUCCAUGGAAGAGCUGAUCCAACAAAGUCAGUGGAACCUGCAGCAGCAGGAGCAGCACCUCCUGGCCCUGAGGCAGGAGCAAAUCACCUCUGCGGUCGCUCUGGCCGUGGAGCAGCAGAUGCAGAAAGUCUUGGAGGAGACCCAGCUGGACGUGAACGAGUUUGACAACUUGCUGCAGCCGAUCAUAGACACCUGCACCAAAGAUGCCAUCUCGGCGGGCAAGAACUGGAUGUUCAGCAAUGCCAAGUCCCCCCAGCACUGUGAGCUGAUGGCCGGGCACCUGCGCAACCGCAUCACGGCCGAGGGGGCCCACUUUGAGCUGCGCCUGCACCUGAUCUACCUGAUCAACGACGUGCUGCACCACUGCCAGCGGAAGCAGCAGCGGGACCUCCUGGCCGCUCUGCAGAAGGUGGUGGUGCCCAUCUACUGCACCAGCUUCCUGGCCGUGGAGGAGGACAAGCAGCAGAAGAUCGCCAGGCUCCUUCAGCUGUGGGAGAAAAAUGGCUACUUUGACGAGUCCAUCAUCCAGCAGUUGCAGAGCCCGGCCCUGGGGCUAGGCCAGUACCAGGCCACCCUGAUCAUGGAGUAUGCCAGUGUGGUGCAGCCGGUCCAGGUGGCUUUUCAGCAGCAGAUCCAGAACCUGAAGACGCAGCACGAGGAGUUUGUCAGCAGCCUGGAGCAGCAGCAGCAGCAGCAGCAGCAAAUGCAGCUCCCGCCGCUGGAGAGCGAGGUGAAGGCGGCCCCUCCCGCCCCCGCGGCCCCCCCGGCCUCGGCACCCCCUCCGGCAGCUCCCAUCCCGCAAGCAGACGACGGGAAGGCCCAGCUCCCCCUGGCGGGCUCUGCGGAGUACGAAGCUGCAGGGGCUGGCGGGCCCGAUCCUGCAGCCUCGGGGCCUCGGGGGCCCGGGCCCCACGACCACGUCCCUCCCAGCAAGCCCCCCUGGUUCGACCAGCCCCAUCCGGUGGCCCCUUGGGGCCAGCAGCAGCCCCCGGAGCAGCCCGCCUUCCCUCACCACCAGGGGCCCCCCCACUGCCCCCCCUGGAACAGCAACCACGAAGGGCUGUGGAACGAGCAGCGCGAGCCGGCCUGGAGCAACCAGCGCGAAGCCCCCUGGAACAGCCAGCCCGACCCGGCCUGGAACAACCAGUUUGAGGCCCCCUGGAACAGCCAGCACGAGCAGCCGCCCUGGGGCGGGGGCGGCGGGGGCGGCGGGGGCGGGGGCCAGCGGGAGCCCCCCUUCCGGAUGCAGCGCCCCCCGCACUUCCGGGGGCCCUUCCCUCCGCACCAGCAGCACCCCCAGUUCAACCAGCCGCCCCACCCCCACAACUUCAACCGCUUCCCGCCGCGCUUCAUGCAGGAGGACUUCCCGCCGCGGCACCCCUUUGAGCGGCCCCCCUACCCCCACCGCUUCGACUACCCCCAGGGGGACUUCCCGCAGGAGAUUGGCCCCCCGCACCACCACCCCGGGCACCGCAUGCCCCACCCCGGGAUCAGCGAGCACCCCCCGUGGGGAGGGCCACAGCACCCCGACUUUGGGCCUCCUCCGCACGGCUUCAAUGGGCAGCCGCCCCACAUGCGCCGGCAGGGCCCUCCCCACGUCAACCACGACGACCCCAGCCUGGUGCCCAACGUCCCCUACUUUGACCUCCCCGCUGGACUCAUGGCCCCCCUUGUCAAGCUGGAAGACCACGAAUACAAGCCCCUGGACCCCAAGGACAUCCGCCUGCCGCCCCCCAUGCCCCCCAGCGAGAGGCUGCUGGCUGCAGUGGAGGCCUUCUACAGCCCGCCCUCCCACGACCGGCCGAGAAACAGUGAGGGCUGGGAGCAGAACGGGCUCUACGAGUUCUUCCGGGCCAAGAUGCGAGCUCGCCGGCGCAAGGGCCAGGAGAAGCGGAACAGUGGUCCGUCGCGGUCCCGCAGCAGGUCCAAGAGCCGAGGCCGCUCCUCUUCCCGCUCCAACUCGAGGUCUUCGAAGUCCUCCGGCUCGUACUCGAGGUCGCGCUCCCGCUCCUGCUCCCGCUCGCGCUCCUACUCCCGAUCCCCGUCCAGGAGCAGAAGCCGGUCCCACUCGUCCCGAAGCCGCUCCCGCUCCCGGUCCCGGUCCAAGUCCUACUCCCCUGGAAGGAGGCGCCGCUCCCGGUCUCGCAGCCAGACGCCGCCCUCCGCAGCCGGAUUGGGCUCCAGCUCUGGGCCUCCCGUCCCCGAAUCCCGACUUGGCGAGGAGAACAAAGGGCACCAGAUGCUCGUGAAGAUGGGGUGGAGCGGAUCUGGGGGCCUGGGAGCCAAGGAGCAAGGGAUCCAGGACCCCAUCAAAGGAGGGGACAUCCGCGACAAGUGGGACCAGUACAAGGGCGUGGGGGUGUCCCUGGACGACCCCUACGAGAACUACCGGAGGAACAAGAGCUACUCCUUCAUUGCCCGCAUGAAGGCCCGGGAUGAAAGUUAAUGCUGCCUGGAGCGGAUCCGGGGGCUGCUGGGCCCACCAAGCAAGACUCGGCUGUACAUCCGGAGCACCCCAAGAGACACCCCCACCCACCCACCCUCCCUCCCUCCCAGCCGCAGGAGCUCCCCCCUGAGUGUAGCUGUGAAGGGAUGUCCCCUGCUUUGUCACAAGAGGAGACCUUUCGGCCUUUUUGUAGCCCCCCCUCUCACCGCUCCCUCUACCCCCCCCCCCCGCCCCGUCAGAAACACUUUUUGUACCACGGCGUUUCCCAUCUGCACGGCAGGCGCCCCCCCCUUCCUCCUCCUCCUCCUCGGCACAGCCAGGUAGUGGGGCUGGCAGCAGCAGCAGCCCGGGGUCUCUGUCCGAGCCACCCAGCCGAGGUCGGCUACCCUCUUGUACUGACAGUUGCCUCCCAAUAAACAGACUUUCCUCCCCUUUUUCUA